AGCGCCCCAUAAGUCUUAGCGGUGCCGCUUCCUUGCCGUGGUUAUUUUGUGGCGCGCGCUGGGAGCUCGAGAGAUCAAACACUGACCCGCGGACCCGCCGGACCUUCACGACCCUACCCGAACCCGCCCACUGUAGCUGCAUCACGCGCGCAGAAAAUGCCUAAAUCAAAGGAAGUGCUGUCCUCCUCCUCCAACAGCGACUCGGACAGUGAAGCCGAUACGAAGGCUAAGAGGAAGAGGCAGGCGACGCCGGAGAAAUCCUCCAAGAAGCAGAAGAGUGGAGAGUCCUCCAAAACCUCCGGCUCCUCCAAAAGCAGCGGCGGCAGCAAAAACGACAACAUGUUCCAGAUAGGGAAGAUGAGAUACGUGAGUGUCCGAGACUUCAAAGGGAAGGUGCUGAUUGAUAUCCGUGAGUACUGGAUGGAUCAGGAAGGAGAAAUGAAGCCGGGGAGGAAAGGUAUUUCCCUGAACCCAGAGCAGUGGAAUCAGCUGAAGGAGCAGAUUGAUGAUAUCGAUGAAGCCGUGAGGAGAACAUAAACACUCCGGGAGCCGACGCCGCUGUCUGAUCUAUUCAUUCCCGCUCCGCGCUUUACCCACGUUUUAUAUAAAACAGAUUAAUAAUAAUCCAUGGAGAGUUCUAGAACUGAUCUGUACCUGUGUUUUAGAUUAGGCCGAUCGCUGUGUUGAGUUUACUGUUCCUUUUCUUUUCUACUGACCGCGGUCCUCAUAACUCCGUAAUGAUUUUGUGGAUGAGUGUGUUUGUGGGGGGUGGGGGUGGGGGGAAUAGCCUGUGUUCACUUUUUACAAUAAAGUUGAUGGAAAGUUAAAAAUAA